AUGGAUAACCUGCAUGAGACCUUCCUCAGCCUUGAAGAUGGCUUGGGCUCCUCUGACAGCCCUGGCCUGCUCUCCUCUUGGAACUGGAAAAACAGGACAGGGCCCUUUGAAUUGAACCAGGCCUCUCCCGCUCAGAGCCUCUCUCCGGCCCCAUCACUGGAGUCCUACUCUUCUUCUCCUUGUCCAGCCGUGGUUGGGCUACCCUGUGGGCGUGGAGAUGCCAACAAUGGGGGCAGCGAUGGUUGCAGCAGCCUUGGUGCUGGUGGCCUGGUGGAGGUGGACUACAAUAUGUUAGCUUUCCAGCCUGCCUAUCUGCAGGGCGCUGGUGGCCCCAAGGCCCAGAAGGGGACCAAAGUUAGGAUGUCUGUCCAGCGGAGACGGAAGGCCAGCGAGAGGGAGAAGCUCCGGAUGAGGACCUUGGCAGAUGCCCUGCACACCCUCCGGAAUUACCUGCCACCAGUCUACAGCCAGAGGGGCCAGCCGCUCACCAAGAUCCAGACGCUGAAGUACACCAUCAAGUACAUCGGAGAACUCACAGACCUCCUCAACAGCGGGAGGGAGCCUCGGCCCCAGAGUGCUUGA